AUGGAAUUAUUCCAUACCGAUUCUCCCUAUCCUCUAGAGACGGCAGGCUUUAUCAUUGAAAACCCACCCUGCAUAUUGCAGGGCUUCCUCGAUGACCAUAACAGGGGUGAUCACGUCGGCAAAUUCUUGGUGUUACUUCAGACUUCACAGAUAUACAUUCAGCUCGGCCUGCGACUAGGCCGAAUUCUCCCACCCCAGCUCGAGAUUUUUACCCUGUCUUUCGCAAUUUGCUCCUCGACCACAAACAUCAUGUCGACAAAUAAGCCCCAAGAUGUCCGGAUCCCAUUUGCCAUCAAAACCGUCAGACACCCCUUGGCGGAGGACUUGAUCUACAUGGCCAAUGCUGGCCCGUUGCGCCGUGGCCCCAAAUUCAGCGCUGGAUCCCCAAUGACGCCACCUAUACAGACGUUCUAA